CCCAGUGACUGCACCCAAGAACGUUUUUGAGUAUCGGGGAAUCAAGAAUCAUUGGAAAAUAUAUCUGUAUCAUUUGUGGUCAUGGCAAAGAGUGCCCCAAGGAAACUGCCAGCAUGCUUUCAACAAGGAAUGGGUGAAUCUGGUCUUCAAGUAAUGAAAUUUCAUGGCAAAGUGUAUUAUUGUUCUCAAAAAGAUGAUUGUAAUUUUAUAUGUAAUCAAAUGAGAACAGAAAGUACUGAAGUUGUUGGUUUUGACAUCGAAUGGAAAGUCACUUUUACCAAUGAAGUGAGAAGAACAGCAUUAAUUCAACUUUGUCCAUCAAGAGAUAUUUGUUAUCUUUUUCAUAUAUCAAUGAUGAAUGGUUUUCCAUCCGAGCUAAAGCUACUACUAGAAAGCGAGGCGAUCACAAAAGUUGGUGUUGGAAUACACAAUGACAUGCAAAAAUUAACGAGUGAUUUUGGUGUGAAAGCAAAAGGUUAUUCAGAACUUUCGGAUUUGGCAAAUCUAAAGCUCAAAACAUCGGAAAAAUGGAGUCUUAAAGGUUUAACAAUGAAUUUAUUUAAACAAAGGAUACCAAAGGAUAAUAAAGUCCGAUGUAGUGAUUGGGAGAAGUAUCCACUUUCAAGAACACAAGAAAGUUACGCCGCCCUCGAUGCUUAUGUUGGUUACGCAAUAUAUAUGAAGCUGGUUGAGAUGGAAUAGCGUCAAGACAAAAUUAAUAUUACCUAUAUCUAGCAAGAUUGUGAA